CUGCGUGUUGCAAUGAGGCAUUCAAGAUUGUCACAACUUCUCAACCAUAUCUCAACAAUUACAUGAUGUACACUGGAAACGAGGGUGUUUACACAUAUACAUUUGAACACGAGAAAAAACCUGAUUGCCCGGUGUGUGGUAAUCAAAGCAUUCCGUUGGAGGUUAGGAAGGACAUUACAGUCGAGGAGUUUAUCCAAUUGCUUCAAGAGAAGCCCGAGAUACAACUCAAAAAGCCCAGCCUGUCAACGAGCACAAAUGAAAAAAUAUAUUGGCAGUCUCCUCCAUUUUUCGAGGAACGGACGAGGCCUAACCUAGAAAAAGAAUUGUCGAGUAUAGUUAAUGAUGGUGAAGACAUUGUCAUCACGGAUUCCUC